UGGAGAUCGGUCGGAAUCUUAGAGCGGGAUCUGUGACGGAGGAGAACGAGUUGGAUACGAACUAUUGACCAUGUACAGGACGUGUUUUUUGCUGUUGGCCCUUGUGGCUGUGGCCAGAGCCGCCUCCUCUGGCCGGGAGUACCUGCCACGCCCCCCGGCGAGGACCUACGUCUACCCCCCGCCCUCGCCGAACACGAUGGCCCAGCUGCGCCGGAUAAUUCAAGGUCACCUGGAGCGCUUUCAGCAGGCGGACGAGGCCCACUUCUCGCGGCGCGCCAACCUUCAGCUGGGAAAGUCGGAACAGCCGGCGGGGAAGAGGCCGCAGGCGAUGCAGUUGUGGGCGGUUCGCACGCCCACCGUUUCCGGCGCGGCCUCCGAAAACGUGGUGGAGCUGGCGCUGGCCCCCAACACGCCCACCCCCAAGAACUACGCGCAGAACUUCCUGCCGGAGGGCAAGGAUGUGGUACCCGGAAGCUCUUACAUUCCGCUGCGGCUGCUGGUGAUAAAGCGCUGAGUCUGGGCGGCGGCUUUGUUGUUCAGAAACGAGUUCCGGCGGAAUGCCGCUGCCCCGGACAACCAGUAGUUGGCUAAUUGGCUUCGAGCUUACUGGUUCCUACCUGUAGUUUAGCAGUAGUUCAGUGUUUAUGAGUGUUCAGAUCCACGUCGCCAGCGCAGCCCGCCAAUCUAAAUUAAGUGUCUCAUCCCCGGGUCCGUGACUAAGACUUACGACCUUAUCGCAUCCAAUAAAACCGAAAUUAAGCCGACCGUGUGCCGUCGUAAUCUAUGAAAUACA